CCGUAGUUUCUUCUCCAAUUCCAUAUUUUCUCAUAUUUUCUCAAUUUUCUGUUUGUUUCUCGGGAAAAUCUUCAAGCGGACAAGAAAAGGGUCGCCCCGUUAAAUAAGUAGCUCGUGUUUGGGAAUUUAAUUUUAAUAAGCUAAGAUGUCUUCUCCAAGCAAGCGGAGAGAGAUGGAUGUCAUGAAGUUGAUGAUGAGUGACUAUAAUGUGGAGACAAUAAACGAUGGGCUAAAUGAAUUCAAUGUGGAAUUCAAUGGUCCAAAAGAAAGCCUUUAUGAAGGCGGGGUUUGGAAAAUCCGUGUUGAGCUUCCAGAUGCUUAUCCAUAUAAAUCUCCAUCUAUUGGCUUCAUGAACAAGAUUUUCCACCCGAAUGUUGAUGAGCUAUCUGGUUCUGUCUGCUUAGAUGUAAUUAACCAAUCAUGGAGUCCAAUGUUUGACCUUUUAAACGUUUUUGAAGUUUUCCUUCCACAACUGUUGCUUUAUCCAAAUCCUUCAGAUCCACUCAAUGGUGAUGCAGCAUCAUUGAUGAUGAAGGACCGAAAACUCUACAAUCAGAAGGUCAAAGAGUACUGUGAGCGAUAUGCAAAGAAGGAGCACAUUACCAAUACAACACCAGACGAGGAGAGCGAUGAGAACAUUAGCGACGAGGAAAGCAAUUCAAGCGACGAUGAUAUUGCUGGACAUGCAGACCCAUAGUGAACUGCAGGUGCAGAGGGGAAACAUUAUAAUCCCCCAUUACUCGCUUACGAUUUGAAUUAUGUUUACUACCUAAAUUUGUACGACCAGAUUAAAAUUUCUUGUAAAAAUUAUGAAUUUCGUCGAAUAAUCUGCUUCUGUUGUUGGUUACUGAACUAUUUUAAUGUUAUGAAGAAGCACAUUGAAUGAUGAACAUGUAGAAAUGAUCCAGACA